AGCCCACCUGAAAUGAAGCAGUUAAUGAGAGAGUCGUAAACAAGCAAAAUAUUCUGGACUUAAAUUUUGUUGGUUUUUUGAGUAUGUAGUGUGCCAUAUAAUACAACUUAUUUACAUUUUAGGUCUUAGGCUUCUUUCAAAGCUGCUACAUGUAUAUCUCAUUCAAUAUCAGAAAUGAUAUCACACAGCAUACCUAACGCCCCAAGUUAUACAAGUAAUGGCAGUAUAACCCUGUAUAAUGCCAGUAUAUGCCCUGGUGGUUCAAAAUUUUUGUUACAUGUACUGUACUUAUAGAGAUGUAAAAGGUGAUCCCUCAACAAGAGUAUCCCCUGUUAUUUGAGUGAAUUGACACUGAAAGUACAAAGGCUAACUGAGGAAAUACUUGAACGUCCCUGCCCCUAUCCAUGUACAUGUGUAUUUGUCUAAGAUCUUUUCAAAUCAGCAUGCACUGCCAUGCAGGCUUCAACUGAAAUGUAGCCAAAGGGUUGUCUUUUACGUAUUUAAAGUAAAUUUACACAUAAUUUUCUAAAUUUGAAGUUGAAAAUAAAAAUUAGAAUAAAGAAAAUAUAAACAGAAAAUUGUUUCGUAACUGUUUAAAGGAAAAAAAAAAGUAAACUAAAAAAAGUAAAGGUUAAGAUUUUGCAAAUAAACCAAUUAAGAUGCUCCCUUGAGGCUUCUGGUAUGAAUAUACAGCAUCAGAGAAUCUUAUCACGAACAAAAGAUCACGCUUUCACUUACUUUUAAAGGUAGCCGCAUAUCAGGGUUAAGAAAAUGCCCAGGGAAAAGUAUUUUGAAUGAAAGCCCCUUAGCCCAUGUCUUAUUGCUCUUCUGAAAAGAUUGAGAAAUCCAUAAACAGAUAUUGAUCUUCAAGCUUUGCACCCAUUAUCUUGUAAGAAACACAAGACAGGAUGCCUCGCCCUCUUUAAAAAGACAGAUUAAAAAAGAUAAGGGAUGGGGAAGCAUGGCUUCUUCCAUUAAUGGUGUUUUGGGAACUGCAAAAAUUCCCAUGUGUCAGACCAGAAAGGCCAUUGGAACUAAAAUACAUGGUACAUGUACCAGAUACCCAACACAAACAACCUGGAAGAUCCUGCCUUGAUGGCUCUGAAAGAGAAUGCCUUGGCCAAGGAGGUGGGAUUAUUACUCCCUUGUGGCAAUGCGCAUGACCUCAAAGGAAGUUCUGCAAGAGGAAACGUCACUGUAAGUCUCCAGAAGUGAUAGGGCAUAUAUACCACUUAGAAUACCCAAAGAAGCAAUAAACCCUUGUACCAUAUAAAAGACUCUGUACCAUAUAUGCUCCAGCAGUACCAUGCUGGUAGCUUCAAAGCAUGCACACCCGUAGAAUGAUUUUUAACCAGAAUAUGAAGAAACUGCAAACUAUAACUGAAAUCACCAAAUUUACAUGUAAGCUCCAUCUAGAACAAUUUUUGUAGCCAAUUCAGGCAACUGUGAAACACUUUGGCCAGUGAGCCAAUUUAGGGGACUGUGAAAUACAUGUAUUUAAUCUUAUUAUAAUGGAGGCAUCCACAGCUGCAUAUUUAAAUGGUGAAGUCAUGGUAACAGUUCCUGCCAACUCUGAGCAAGUGAUGACUCCAACCAUGACACUUCCAGAGAGAGGCAAUUUCAGCUUUGCAUUGUUCUUCUUUGUUGUGCUCAGUUCUCUGGGUAUGGUUGGCAACGCUGUGGUGUGCUUGGUCAUGCUACGCAACAGGAAAGUCUUUAAUUCAACCACCAACAAACUUAUUAUUCACCAAUCGACCAUUGACUCCUUCGGCUCGAUCAUCUUCCUUACCCGACGUUUUGCCCUCAUCACGCCACCUGUUCCAGCUGGCUUUCUGACGAGGCUUUACUGCCGCAUCUGGUGGUCAGAGUGGGUCCAGUACAGCAUGUUUGUCACAUCGACCUACAACCUGGCAGCCAUCUCCGCAGAGCGGUACCUGGCCACCUGCCAUCCAGUGCGGCACCGGAACAUGUUCUCACCCUGCCGCCUGAAGCUCCUCUUGUUGGUGCCCUGGCUGGCCGGGUGGCUCCCCGCAGCCCACGUUGUGGUCCUGAGCUUCUACGACAGUGAAACGCUAGACUGCGGCAUCGCCUGGCCAAGCUUGGAGGCCCAGGCAGCAGGGGGUGUCCUCAUUUUCCUGCAGGAGAUGGUCAUACCCCUCACCAUCAUGGUGUUCACCUACUCUCGCAUCACCUGGUCCCUCCAGCAGCGUUCCCGUGUGCGGCAGGGGGAGAACAAUGCAGCCGCCCGCGAAAUGUUCUCCAAGGCAAACCGCAACGUGACGAUCACUCUCAUCGUUGUUGCUGUGUUCUUUGUCGUCUGCUGGCUGCCUAAUGAAGUCUACUACUUGCUGUACAAUCUCAGCCUUCAACCCAACUUCAUCAAUGACCCCGUGUAUGAAGUGACCUCUGUCUUUGUUGUCUUGAAUUUGUGCAUCAAUCCGUUCAUCUAUGCUUUUGCGUACGAGCGCUUUCGAAAGAAACUGCUUGAGAUGUUGUGCUGCCGUUACUGGAGUGUCCGCCGCAUCAAUGUGUUGGAGAAUCGCACAGGUGUACAGGCAUCAACAGUUCCCAUGGUAUCUGGGGGUCCUUCUAAGACCAUCCAUACUAAUAAGGCUGGAAGUUCAACUCAAGGAACAGAAGUUGCUUGACAAUCUACUCAUGAAUGCAUACAAGUCAAAAAGGCAUGAUGCCUAAAAGCUAGCUGUCUUGGACACUUGACCAAAUUGGCAAACUCAUUCAGUUCUUGUGGUCAUACUGUAGUGCACUUUCCCACUGAAAAUGCAUGGACAUACACACAUACAUGUACAUGUAAAGCUUACAAACUUUCUUCUGACAAGUUCUGCAAAGCUAACCACAGUAUUAAAUAGUGAGUAAUAAUGGUGAGUACACCCAAACUACAUGCACAUGUACAAGUAUGUCUUUUGUAUCAGGUGCACUGCAAAUUCUGUUUGGUUAAUGUUCGUUGUAUUCUCUACAUGUUUUUGCUCACAAACAUGACAAAAGGCUUUUUUAGGUACAGUACAUGUUACAAUGUUACAUGUAUAUCUCUAUUAAAUAUAAUAACAUGAUUUGUAUUGGUUCUUCCAGACAAUGGAUGGCUAUACAAAAAUUACAUUUUAUCACAUUCACUGUAUGCAGGAAUAAUGCGGCAGUCCCCUUGGAUGUUUCAUGCAUUCACGACACGUACAUGUACAUGUACCAUAGAGCAGCCAAACAGAACACAGUGGCCCUCAAAAAGACAGAAAUAACAAGUUCUGAGCUCAGGGAAAGGGCUGUAGAGAUGGACCACUGCUGGUGCAUGCGCAUUCACAUUUGCUAUUCACCAAUACUGGUAUUACCUUCACUGGUUACCUGUUUUGUACAGGAUUAACUUCAAAAUCAUCCUGUUAAUCAACAUAUAAAGCCAUCCAUGGUCUUGCUCCUAGAUACAUGUACUUAAUGAAUCUUGUCAUCAUUAAGAAGGAGUCUAGAUAUCAUCUCGGGUCAGCAAGCAACUGCCCUUUGUUAAGUUGUCCUCAGGGUAAAAUGUUACGCACACUUGGUGACACGGCAUCUGCAAAGGCUGCUCCUAAAUUAUGGAAUGCCUUGCCAUGGCACAUACGGUGUGAGUAGAGCCUUGUCGUUUUCAAAUGUAAAGUUACCUUUUUAAUGUUGCAUUUGCACAAUGAUAUAAGUUGCACUUCAAGAUUCUUGAUUUUAUUAGUUUUAUCUAUAGGGUUAUUAUUGUUAUUUUUAACUUGAUGUAGGGUUAUGGUUUCAAUAUCUCUGAUAACCAGAACGCUGAGGAACACUCUAACCUGACACCCACAUGUCUUGCUUGACUGUUAAAAGCCUGAAGAUCUGAAAUAUCUGAGGAUCAGUGAAGAAAGUAUCGCAUAGGAAAAUAUCAUAGACUACAUUUUUAAAUUGUAAACCUUUGAAAUAAUGAAUGUAUACUGCAUGCCAAUAAAGUACAUGUACAUGUAUGUGACUGCAUGUAAAUCAUUAUUUAUACGGAGUUGUCACGUUACAUGACUGUGGACAAAAUAAUUGUAAAUAUACACAAAAACUCACAUAUCAUUUCAAUGCAAUGUGCACAUACAUGUCUGAGCGUGAUUUAAUUCGUUAUUGUUAAGACAGAUACCGUUAACAUGUGAAGAGAUGCGUCACCAUCUUUAAACUCUGAAGAUUGUGCACUUUGUAUGGUACACUAGUUCCUUGAAUGCAAUACAUUUCAUUCAAAUGGAAAAAGUUAUCAGAAUAUGAGUGCAAUUAGUUAUUAUUUUUUUUAUCACUGAAUGCUUAUGUUGAUGUUCACAAUCACCGAUAAGAUGCAGUUAAGGUAAAGUCACAAUUUAGUCCCGGUAUAUGUAUAUGUCCAUGUCCAUGUAGUUCAGUUGCAAGCCAGAUAAAAAGCCCAACUUAUAAAACUGAAGAUAAUUUAUUCACCUCACUAAUAACUGACAGACUGCUUUUAAAACAAAUGUCUUGAGGUCUCAAGAUAUGAUGAAAUGGAAAGACCCAAAUUUCUGCCAAAUAAAUGGCCUAGCUGCACUUUUUUCUUAUUUUCUCAAAAGAAGAAGAAAAGAUACCUAUACACAAGUAUAUGUAGAUAUCUUUAUAUUGUGGAUCUAAAAAGUCUUGUGACUUUAGACCCAAAACAUUGAACAUACAUGUUCUCAGGGAAUUAGUGACCAAAAUAUUAAGUUUACAUGCAUGUAGGUAGCAAGAAAAAUAAUAACAAUGUAGAAAACAUUUUAAUUAAAUGAGGGUUUGAAUGAUGGACGAUCGGAACAUUUGCAAGUUUGCACAUUUAGCAGUGCAUAGCCUGAUGAAGGUCAGAUGUCUUCCUAAUCUAUGAUUUCAUUUGCAGCUUUGGAAUAAGACUCUAGCUUCAUGAGUCUUCCCCCAAGCUAGCUCAUCAUGGAAGCCUCCAGCUCAAUGCAGCCCCAAUUCUGCUGUAGAAACAUCUCCUUUGCUGGAGUACAGCAUAUAUUCAGUUGGUUUGAACAGUUAACUUGUCUAAAAUUGGCCAGGUGAAACUUGAGACAAAGACAUACAUGUAGAUGAAGCAGAGAUAUGGAAUUUUAACACCUUACAUGGUUUUGUGAGUUGUAAAUAUCAGAGAAGAAAUGGUUAAAUUGAUACAACUUGAUACAACUGUUUUUUCAACAAUAUUAAAUCUGUGUACACAUAUCAUUGACAUUCCCUUUAUUUUUGAUCCACCAUGACGUUUGACAAUUCCUUUUCCUUACUAUUAUACUUAAAAGUGAUCCAUGGUGCACAUUCUGUCCGCCUAAAGAUUUGAUGUUGUUACGGGUAGUGAAGUUGUGGAAUUGGCAUUGUUCAUGUGUAUAACUGGUCUUAUUUUCUGAGUGAAAGAAGCCUUCAGUCGAGUUCAGCAUGGUUUUGGAAUGAUGGGUCACAUUUGUCAAAACUGUGUACUUUUCUUAUUAAUUAUGUGAUAAUUGAUUAUUAAGUAAGCUAUGGAUUAGACAGACGUACUGUACAUGUAGGUUAUACAUGUAAUUAACUAAUUCAAUUUAGCAACCUUAAGCAUUCAUUGACUUUGAAUACACUUUAGCACAAUCUGCAUCAGUGAGAUGAAAGGGGGAAAAUGGUUUUGUGUUGAAUAAAAGAGAGAAAAAGAAUGUUCAGAAAUAGCCAGGAAUCAUCCAGCAAGUCUGCAUGCAAAAAAAUUUAAGAAUAAAAAAAGCGGGGGGGGGGAGAUAUAUUUGCAGGGUUACUUUCUGAGGAUAUUUUCAUGUAUGGUCACUGUGACACUGGGAGCUGCCAUAUUGUAGAGAGUAAUUUAUUAUGGUCACAUGGCAUGACGUUAUUUACGAGCACAUUAUCAAUUCAAUGCGCAUACAAUGUGUGUAUGUUCUGGUGUGUAAAUACACGUACAUGUAGUUCCAGUUAUGCACCAUACAUUACAGGGGGUCGAGGUAAGUUGGCAGUUACUGGGCCUUAUUGUACAUUUUCAUUUCAAGUGCUUAAGCUGAAAGAUACUGAGAAAAUAUCGGAGUAACUUGCCUCUGCCCUUCAUCGAUCACUAUUUAACUCGUUUCAGAUCUACAUGUCAUCCACAUAUACAAUUUCAAAGUUUGAUGUUGGUCUGUCAACGUAAGGAAAUUCAAAUAAACUUGGUAACUGGAAUUAGUUAACAAAGGCUGUCAUGAAACACUGGGUUUAAAUUCCAUCUUGAAUUCAACCUCACCUGUACAAUGUGAAGCACCUGAUUGAUGUCCGUGUUUAAUAAACUUGCCUGAAACAUCUGUCAGUUGACCGCAGUUCCCUUCGUAUUUUUUUUGGGGGGGGAGCUAAAAGAGAAAUUCCCUGAAUAACCCUUUACACUGCAGAGGAUACCUACGGAUACAAUUAUAAAUUUAUCUUUCAAAGGGCUUUAUCAACACUUGCUAUGCACUAUCCUCAAUCCUUCAAAAUCCACUAAAAUCCAACACUUUUGGGUCGGUUUGAUAGGUGGGUGGGAUGGGAUAGCACCAGCGCUAAUUAAGGGGUCACAGUGAAGCAUGAAACCAAAAUAUGGUGUGUAGGAUCAUUUGGCCAAGUAACCUUUGAAAAAAAAGGAAGAAAUAUAUAUUCACUU